UGGGCGCUCCCCCCUCCCUGCCCUCCGUUCCCGCAGUUCCCGAUGGUUCUGCGGCUGGAAGCGUCAUGAGAGCCCCAGCUAGUCAGAGAGCUGUGCUGUGUGCCCCAGAGCUGCUGUCAGGGCUCGCUGGCACCACCCGUCAUUAGAGGAAACUCUGCCACAGAAACGUCAGGGUCCGGCCGCGGGUGGAGCAAAGGGAUCCCGGGUGUGGGGAAAGGCUGUAAAAGUGACAGGGAAAGCUGUCCCAGAAGGAAAAUGUGGUGCAGAGGCAUCGCCCCGCCGUUGUGGGGUCCCUGUGUGGAACACCACGUGUCCUGCCCGCCUGUCCCUGCUGUGGGACAGGUUAUCUGCCAACAGCUUUCCUAAAGGCCGGCAGCUGUGCUGUUUGAAGGGUCGGCACUUCCCCUGAAAAUGUGCCAGAUGGAUUUCCAGAGCCGGCUUGCCUUCCCAGUGGGGUUAUUGCUGUGCUGUGCUCUUCAGACAUCUGCUGGUCAGCAUCUCGCAUCUCACAACUGCUCCAGUGAUGCUCAGAGAACACCCUUCAGCCACUCCUGUAAGAUUGACCUACCCACGUCCUCCCAGAUUAAGGUGGAAGCAGAUCCCUUACAGCAUGAUGAAGACAGCAGUGGGGUGCAGCUGGAUCCUGGAGAGGCUGAGGAAAAUGAAGAGCAGAAUAUAAUUUUUAGGCACAACAUCUAUGUGCACACACCCAAAGGGAACUGUAAAACUUUGACCCACAUUAAGGAUCUGUUGGAAAGGAUGGAGAAGUUUGAGAAGGAAGUGGCAGAGCUGAGGGAAGUUUGCAGCCCUCAGAAGUGCUGUGGGGGAAGCCAAGGCGUCCCUCCCUGCAGCGGCCGUGGGACUGUUCGACAGACCUGCGGCCAUGAGUGUGCCUAGGGCUGGCAGGGCAGCGACUGCUCCCACCCCACCUGCCCCGGCCGCUGCAGCGGCCACGCCUGGGACAGCGGGACAUGUGUCUGUGACGAGCCUUUCUUUGGGGAGGACUGCAGCCUUCGGCUCUACCCAGAGAACUGCAGCGGCCACGGGACCUGUGACACGGCCACAGGGGUGUGGCAGUGCCAUGAGGAGUUCACGAGCGAGGACUGUGCCGACAAAGGAUGUCCUGGGGACUGCAGUGGCAAUGGGUUCUGUGAAACAGGAGAGUGCUGCUGCCACGAUGGCUUGUUUGGCCUCGACUGCUCCCAGGUGCUUGCUCCCCAGAACCUGCAGCUGCUGAACUCCACUGAGAGCUCUCUGGCUCUCAGCUGGGAUCCAAUGGCUGAUGUGGAUAAUUACGUCCUUACCUAUUAUCCAGCUAGAUAUGAGAUGUUGGUGAAACAAAUCCACGUUCCCAAAGAGCAGCUCAGCUACAAGAUUAUGGGACUCCGCCCUGGCACCACCUACAGUGUCACACUUUGUGACUUGAAGAAGGGGAUUGCCAGUGAGCCCAAGGAUCUAGAAGCAAGUACAGUCCUGUCUGCACUCAGUGCCAUCUGGGUGACAGAGGAGAUGGAGCACUCACUGGAAGUGGAGUGGGAGAACCCACCAACAGAUGUGGAUUAUUACAAGCUAAAAUUCAGAUCCCUAGUGGAGAUGGAUGAGAAGCAGGUCAUGAUGCCCAAAAGCAAUGACCCUAAGAGCAGAUACGUCCUGACUGGCCUGAAGCCUGGCACAGUGAAAGACAACACAGAGGGGAAACCAUCCUCUGUGACUGUGAGGACUGGAGUUGAUAGCCCAACCAAUGUGACAACCGACCAAGUGGCAGAGGAUACAGCCACUGUCUCUUGGAAUAAAGUGGAGGCUCCUAUAGACAGGUAUAUGGUGAGAUACACCUCAGCUGAUGGGGACACCAAGGACAUAGAGGUGGGGAGUGACAACAACAUGAUCACCUUAGUGGAUCUGAAGCCAGGCAUGGAAUAUGUCAUCCACAUCUGGGCAGAGAAGGGGCCCCAGAGGAGCAAGAAGGCAAGCACCACGACUGUGACAGGUGAGCUGUAG